AAUAAUGUUUUGUUGUAAUAAGAUGACAGUAUUGAUUAUAGUGUAGUGAGUGAAGGGACCGGGGCGGAGCAGCCCUUCACCAGCGACCCUCACACCGUGCGGCCGUUGCCUCCACGCUCCCCAAUAAUCCCCCUCCAUCCGCCUCACGAUGAACGAGAGCCUUCAGCUGCGUGGGACCUUGGUGGGCCAUAAUGGCUGGGUCACGCAGAUUGCUACCAACAGGAAUUUCCCUGAUAUGAUCCUCUCUGCGUCACGAGACAAGUCUUUGAUUUUGUGGAAGCUGACACGUGAGGAGAAUCACUAUGGUAUUCCCCAGAAGCGUCUUCACGGGCAUUCUCAUUUCAUCUCUGAUGUGGUUUUGUCUUUGGAUGGACACUUCGCUCUGUCGGGCUCGUGGGACAAGACAUUACGGCUCUGGGAUUUGGCUGCUGGCAAGACCACGAGGCGCUUUGAGGACCACACUAAGGAUGUGCUGUCCGUUGCCUUCAGUGCUGACAAUCGUCAGAUUGUAUCUGGUUCUCGAGAUAAGACAAUCAAGCUAUGGAACACCCUUGCUCAGUGCAAGUACACCAUCCAAGAAGAUGGUCAUUCAGAUUGGGUGUCUUGUGUGAGAUUCUCCCCAUCAAAUAGCAACCCUAUUAUUGUUUCCUGUGGAUGGGAUAAGGCAGUAAAGGUAUGGAGUUUGACAAACUGCAAACUCAAGACUAACCACUAUGGUCAUGCUGGAUACUUGAAUACAGUAACAGUAUCACCUGAUGGCUCUCUGUGCGCUUCAGGUGGCAAGGAUGCCAAGGCCAUGCUCUGGGACCUUAAUGAUGAUAAGCACCUUUACACCUUGGACCACACCGAUACCAUAAACUCGCUGUGCUUCAGUCCCAACCGUUAUUGGCUGUGUGCUGCCACAGGACCUUCCAUUAAGAUUUGGGAUCUCGAGGGUAAGAACAUGGUUGAUGAAUUGAAGCCUGAUGUGAUCACUCAGAACCCCAAGGCUGAACCUCCACAAUGUCUUUCCAUGGCCUGGUCAGCUGAUGGCCAGACAUUGUUUGCUGGUUAUAGUGAUAGCAAGAUUCGAGUAUGGCAAGUCAGUGUCACUUCCCGUGCAUAAGUGAAAUCAAAUAAAAUUUUGCUGGGUUAA